AUCAAUUUCCUUUUUAUGGAUUUUAAAUGAAUUUGUAUUGCGUAGUAAUAAAUUUAGUAUUAAAUUUUUAUGUAACUUUCAAUAUUUUCUGUAACAUCUAGUAAAAGUGAUGUUUUUUCCAAUUGAACCAUCGUUAUUGAACUGUUUUAGUUACCGUAUUGAUUGCUAUCUACCAUUGUUCCCUUACUAUUCAAGUAUAACCUUAAUAGUAAAAACUGAAAAUGGGGGAGAAAUUUGGCCACCACUAUGGCAGGGUGGACAUGGAAAGGAUUGGACUCUUUGCAGAAAUGAGCUACAUGCAUGGAAAAGGGUACACAGCUCCAAUUAUACACAAUGAAAUUCGAGACAAAAAGAUGGCACAGAUGCACCCUGGUGUUCCUAAAUGGAAGACAGGCCUUCAAGAUUGUUAUUUUGACCAAAAGUUCAAGAGAAUUUUUGAAAAGGAAGCUUAUACCACCCCAUACAUCAUGGAAGUAAAUGCACAGAAAGAAAUUAAGAAAAAGUAUCCAAACUUAAGACCUUUUAGUCCGUCCCCUUAUCCAAAAAAACACGCCACACCUGGAGACUUUUUUGGUACAUUUGGUGGACAGGUAAAGGCGUUUUCCCCAAUUUUGAAGCCACGCCCACCCAAGGAGAUAUUGCCUCCUAACGUCAGAGUAAAUCCUGGAAAAAAAGGAGGCCCAGGAUAUCCUGAUAUUUGUCUGAAUAAAUUUCCACAGUACAAAUCCACACCUUAUGAUGACCCUAAAUCUAAAGAGAGUAAGAAGAAGGAUGAUAAAUUUGUACCAUUCCUCGGAAUUUCGUAUCCUAAUUAUUUUGAUAAAAAUCCUUACCUUAUAAAAAGAAUUCAACCUACUUAUAAAGAAGAGUUUGCUAAGCUGGAAACAAAAUCUGGACCUUUUUAUCCUUCACAUAAAAACAGAACAUUGGAUGGCUGCUUUUCUAAAAGGCCAGCUUACAAGAGCUCACCCUACACACUGCCAAAGCCAGAUAAAGCUACGAAGGAGAAAACUGCUUCUGCCACUGAACCCUUCCGUCCUCAAGCUCGGAACAAGUCAAUGUACACAAAGAGCAUCAUGGGUAACAAGGUAAAAAUUGCAGUUAAUAACAAAAACUGGAGAAAUUUCAAACCUAUUACUUACACUCGUGAGUUCCUUGUAUAGUUAUUUUUAUCAAUGCAAUGUGCAUAAAAUCACACCAAACAUAGUAAAUACAUUAUUACUCCACA